AUGUCGACCCGCAAGAAAGUCACUGCUGAGGUAUCCUCUGAGCCCAUGCCCUCAGACAGCAGAUCUUUGCUUAACAAAAUUCUGGUCGCUACCCGAGACUUCAUCAACCGGAAGAUAGACGAAGAACAGCUUGAGAGGGCGGCCGAUGACGUCGAGAAAUCUCUUGAUCGAGAAAUCCCCUCCCUCGCGAUUUCUUCCCUUUGUGUGAAUGAUGUUGAGAAAAUCCUGAACUUGAAGUGGACUCGCAAGGACCCUGAGCUGGCUAGUGUUCCUCCUCUUCAGUCGCCCCCCGCGCUGGUGCAACAUAUCACUAGGGUCAAUCGCGCACUCGAUCGAAGGCCUACAAGUGAGGCAAACGUCCGUUGGAUUCUCAACGCCCUCCUCCAAGAGGCAUUCGAUAUCGCUACGACUAUCCACCCCCACGCCGCCCAGCCCCUUAACAUUCAGGCAGAGAAGGGUUGGAAGUAUGGUCCGGUGAAGUGGCAUCGUAAGAAGUACUACUUGUCCGGGCGACCAGGUUAUGGAGUUUGGUACGGCGAAGACGAAGACUUUUCAUUGAAUGUGGUGGUCAUCGAAGCCAAGAGGGAGGAAGGGGGAAGAGCACAGGCAUUAGGGUAUAUGGGCUGUGUACAUCGCCAGCGGAAGGAGCUGAAGAAAAAGGACUGCACCAUCUACGGCAUAGCGUCGGAUGGGUAUGCAUUCACCUUUCUAAAGAUCGAUAACGACUCUAAGUGGUGUGACUAUUCAAUGUACACCCGAGACGGAAACUACGACCAGAUCCUUGGAUUACUGGUCCAUAUUUUCACCAAGGCCGCAGCGAUGUCUCUCGCCCACUCCAAGCAGCCAUCCCGAAAGCAAGAAGGCGCAGGCGAUUCCGCAAUGACUAGGCUUUCGAUACAGGAAUAUGUGAAGAUGACGGGCUAG